UAACUGGGAAUAACUGGGGGAGUUUACUUUGACAGCAGCUAUGGAGUCCAGCAGGACGAUGAGUUGGACCCAGCUUGGAUUUGUGACUUCUCUUGCUUUGUUCUCACUGGUUUCUCUGGCUGAUGGAGCUCCUCUGGAGGUCUUGUCGGCACCCAACCUGCUCCGAGUAGAAACAACAGAAAUCGUCUUUGUUGAAGUUCAGGAUUAUGUACAAGAAAACGCCAUACCUGUGCAAAUCAAAGCAAUGAAUUAUCCAACGAAAACUAAAGCGCUCGCAUCAACUUCUGUGACCCUUAAUAGGGAAAACAACUUUCAGGGUUUUGGGAAAAUUCAGAUUGAGGCAACAGACUUCAGUAAAGACCCCAACAGAAAGCAGUACGUGUAUCUCCAAGCACAGUUCCCAAACAAAUUGUUGGAAAAAAUUGUGUUGGUGUCCUUCCAAUCCGGGUACAUUUUCAUACAGACUGACAAAAGCAUCUACCUUCCCAACAGCAAAAUUAUGUACAGGAUUUUUGCAGUCAGUCCUGGCAUGGAACCUCAAACAAAUGUAGCUGUGGACACGGAGAUUGUGACUCCUGAAGGCGUCACUGUACGAUCUGACUGGAACGUUUUAAGAGCAGGGCUGGAUUAUAGAGACUAUAGACUUCCUGAAGUCGUCAGUUUUGGAGUUUGGAAAAUUGUGGCCAAGUUUAGGAAAACCCCACAAGUGAGCUUUACUUUUGAGUUUGAGGUCAAAGAAUAUGUUCUCCCUAGCUUUGAAGUUACACUGACACCUGGAAGCCCCUUCUUCUAUGUAGACAGUGAAGAUCUCACAGUCAACAUCAAAGCUAUAUAUAACUUUGGGGAGGCAGUGGACGGAACGGCCUACGUUCUGUUUGGAGUUGUUCAAGACGGUCGUAAGAAAAGCUUUCCUGACUCUCUACAGAAAAUCAAGAUCCUGGAAGGCGAUGGAGUGGCCAGACUAACGAGGGAGCAAAUCACACAGACCUUUUCAAAUAUUGCGGAGCUGGUGGGGAGCUCUAUAUUUGUAGCAGUCAGUGUGUUGACAAAAAACGGCGCUGAAAUGGUUGAGUCUGAGCUGGGAGGCAUAAAGAUCUCCUCUUACCCCUACGCCAUCCUCUUCAGGAGAACAUCAAAGUUCUUCAAACCAGGCAUGCCGUUGGACGUCACGGUUGAAGUUGUGAAUCCUGAUGAUUCCCCGGCUCCAGGUGUGACCGUGGUGGUGGAUCCUGGCAACAUGGAGGACGUCACCUCAGAAAAUGGCGUGGCAAGAUUUAGCAUCAACUCAUUUCAAAGCUCUCAAGCCGUGUUUAUUGGAGCGAAGACCAAAGACCCCAAAAUCCCAGCAAAUCGACAAGCGUUUGCCUCCAUGACGGCUCUUCCAUACAAAACCAAAAGCAGCUCUUACCUCCACAUGAGUUUGGAUUCAGCUGAGGUGGAAUUGGGAGAAACCAUAAAAGUCAAUCUGUUCCUCAGCAGACAGGAAAGGGAACACAAAUACAUCACAUACCUGAUUUUGAGUCGAGGUCAGCUGGUAAAACAUGGACGAUAUCACAUGAGUGAACAAAUGCUGAUGAGGCUGAGCAUUCGCGUUACCAAAGAAAUGUUGCCAUCUUUCCGCAUCGUAGCCWACUAUCAUCCAAACUCUGAAGAAGUGGUUGCAGACUCCAUGUGGGUGGAUGUCAAAGACUCUUGCAUGGGAUCUCUAAGUCUGGAACCAGUGAGACCUGCUGCAUUUUAUGCAUACCGCAGCAGCUUCAGUCUAAAAAUCACGGCAGAUCCUGAAGCCACAGUGGGACUAGUGGCAAUUGACAAAAGUGUCUCAGCCCUCAACAGGAAGCACCGCCUGACACAAAAAAAGAUCUGGGACAUGGUGGAGGAAUACGACCCUGGCUGCACAGCAGGGGGCGGAGAGGACGGCAUGCACGUGUUCUACGAUGCUGGACUCUUGAUGGAGACGAGCACCGUUCCAGGGACGCCUUGCAGAACAGAUCUCCAGUGCCCCACAUCCAGCCGGAGGACACGAGCCACCACUCUGAGACAUAAUACAAGCAGAGCGGAUUCGGAUUUCUUUAGAGAAAUUCAUCUACUGCGUCGCAACAGGAGAAGAGCGCAGCAUACGAGUGUUGAGGCAGGCGGCAUCACGGAUUCAGAUUUAACCGUCAUUCGCACUCGAUUCCCAGAAAGUUGGCUUUGGUACGAUGUGAAGACGAACGCUUGCCCAAGAAACAAACCUGGCUGUUUGUCUAUAUCACAUGGAAAAACUUUCUUCCUGCCUGACACGAUAGCAACAUGGCAGCUGACAGGCAUCAGUCUGUCAAACACUCACGGUAUCUGUGUGACUGACCCAUUAGAGGUUUUUGUGAAGAAAACUUUCUUCAUCGAUCUCAGGCUGCCGUACUCGGCGGUUCACGGAGAGCAGCUGGAAAUUAAGGCAGUUCUCUACAACUACAGUCCUAAUCCCAUCACUGCGUAUGUGGAUCUGAUGGAGGAAAACGACGUGUGCAGCGCAGCUUACAGACGUCUGAGCUACCGGCAGGAAGUCCCAGUUGCAGCUCAAACUUCCCAGCUAGUUUCAUUUGUCAUUAUGCCACUGAAGACAGGACACUUCUCUGUGGAGGUCAAAGCAUCUGUUAAAGAUUCAAGCCUUGAAGAUGCAGUCAGAAAAACACUGAUAGUGUUGCCUGCAGGUCAACUGGUAAAGUUGGUGGAGAUUGUCACAUUAAACCCGUCUAAGAACGGCAUUAACGGCAAAGAAUCUGUUACGAUCAGCGGUAAAAUCCUUCCGAGCGACGUCGCUCCAAACACACGGAUGACGACUUACAUGUAUCUGACAGGAGCAGGGAAGACAAAUCCAUUUCAGGAAAAUAUCAUUAGUGGAAAAUCAUUGAGAGGAUUCUUCAGAGAGCCUCUGGGCUCUGGGGAGGAAACGAUGAUGACCAUGACUCCGUCUGUCGCUGCAACGAUGUACUUGGACAAAACCAACCAGUGGGAAGCGGUGGGGCUAGAAAAAAGAGCUGAAGCUCUCCAAUACCUAAAGAACGGGUAUCAAAGAGAGCUGACCUUCCGUGAAAGCGACGGCUCUUUUGCUCCAUUUCCUGCCAUACCGAGCAGCACCUGGCUCACUGCUUAUGUCGCCAAGGUGUUCAGCAUCAUAUCCAACAUGAUAGAUGUAGAUUCAGCAAAUAUCUGUGGUGCCGUCAAGUUUCUAAUCCUUACCACACAGCAGCCGACCGGGAUGUUCAGAGAAGUUGGAUAUGUGUUUCACACCGAAAUGAUGGGCGAUGUUGCUGGCACAGAUUCAGAUGCUUCCACAACAGCUUUCUGUCUGAUUGCAAUCCAGGAGGCACGAAGAAUAUGUGCGGAAUCUGUUCCUUCAAUGACCCAAAGUAUAGUCCGAGCAGCAGCCUAUCUGGAGCAGCGUCUGCCUGCUCUUACAAACCCUUAUGCUGUUGCAAUAACUUCCUUUGCCUUGGCGACUGAAGACAAACUCAACAAGGAGACACUGUUCAAGUUUGCUUCUGCAGAUCGAUCUCACUGGCCUGUACCAAGAGGAAACACGCACACGCUGGAGGCUACAGGCUACGCUCUGCUGGCGCUUCUCAAGGCUGAGGCCAUUGACGAAGCCCAUCCUGUCGUGAGAUGGCUCCGCGAACAGCCAAAUUUAAAUGGAGGUCAUUUAUCGACACAGAGCACCAUGAUUGUGUACCAGGCCGUAGCUCAGUACUGGAACCGUGUGCAAGACGUAGAUUAUGAUCUGAAAGUGGAACUCAUCUUUCCAGGGAGGAUCAGACCAGAGACGUAUCACUUCAAUAAGGAUAACUAUUACAUCACAAGGACCUCCAAGGUUGACACAGUAGACAAGGACAUAACAGUGAUGGCAAGUGGAGCUGGAGAAGCCGUCUUAAAGAUUGUGUCUCUCUACUACACUCUUCCUAAGGAACCUGAGAGCCCAUGUGAGGCAUUUGAUAUGAGUGUGCAACUUGUGCCGGAAAAAAUCACAGAAGAAGAAAAAGUAUACAGGUUGAGGAUACAAGUCAGGUUUAAGAACAGAGACCGCAAUGCAACGUUAUCAAUCGUGGAUGUCGAUUUACCAUCCGGCUUCACCUUUAACAAGCCUGACCUGGACGCAUUGUCUACAGGCCGUUCUCCUGUCAUCUCCAAAUAUGACGCUCACACAUUUCUGUCAGAAAGAGGAUCUCUCACCCUUUAUCUGGACAAGAUUUCUCACACGCAGCAGGAGGAGAUCUCUUUCCGGAUCCACCAGGAGAUGAAAGCUGGAAUCCUGCAACCAGCUGCUGUGAAGGUCUAUGAAUAUUACAACCAGAAACCUUGUGUGAAAUCCUACGGCCCUGAGAGAACCGGGUCUCUGUCCAAGCUGUGUUUGAACGAACAAUGCGCUUGCGCUGAAGAGAGGUGCAGUGGUCAGAAAAAAGGAAAAGUCAAUGACGACGAGCGUCUUGGGAAGAUUUGUAAUUCCACUAUAAAUUUUAUCUAUAAGGUUAGAGUGGAAGAGUUGGCUGACAGGCCGCCGGCUCAUGUUUACACGCUACGAAUUUUGGAGGUGAUCAAAGAAGAAAACCUUGAUGUGGGAGCACAAGGUAAACAGCGCAAGUUUCUUGGCAAAAAAGCAUGCAGAGAUGCUUUAGAUCUGCAAACAGGCAGGACCUACCUGAUCAUGGGCUCAUCGAGAGACAUAAACAAGGACGAACUCGACAUGAGCCACUGGUACACGUUUGGAGGGAACACCUGGAUCGAGUACUGGCCCGUAGAGACGGAGUGCCAGCUGGAGGCGCACCGAGCCGUCUGUAUGAGUCUGCAGGAGAUGGUCGACCAGUAUACUUCCUUUGGAUGUCUUUGAAUAAAACAGACCCAAACUAAGUUCCCCUCUCUCAUCUUUUGUGACUCGCCUCCAGGACCAGGAUGACAUUUUUCCAGUCUAAAGAGAUUUCUCUUUGUUUUUUUUGUUUUUUGGCAUUUUUGAAAACAGAAACUAUGUCUGUAUAUGAAAAUGUUCUUUCCUAUUAAAAUGCAUUUGAUCUUGUUGUCUUCAUCAUUGUUGCCAGUGAAGUAAGUGAAAUGUUCUUAUAUUUGUUUUUAAUUACAUGCUCUUGGUAUUUUAAUUACUGGGAUGAUUUUUUUUUUUUUAUGAUUGUUGUGCUCAUGUCACCUAUCAUAGAAAUUAACCUGUUUAGUUAAGCCGGCGUAUUUACAGAAAUGUCUAUUAAUUUGCACUUUCUUCAUAGAUUUUCAAACAAAUAAAAAAAUGUUGUCCCUACA